AUGUUUCACUCAAAGAGGUCCAUUUUUUUUCUGCUGUUUGUUUUUUACUCUGCGAUAUACUGUCAGUCAACCAUUUUUGACCCAGAAACUGGAAAGUAUUAUCCAAUAUCUGAUACUUCUCGUAAAGAAGAUGUUUCAUUCCUGUUACCUGAUCCAGAUCCUAAAGAAUUUCCCCCAGAAUUCCUAGAAUCUUUGUUAAAGCAUUGUGAUGAUCCAAUGCCUGGUUAUAUAGAAAUGUUAUCAAAAGCAUGGAUUGCUUUCAAAGAGCUAGGUUUCAAUUGGUCACGAUAUCCAUCAUCAUCUUUCGCCUUCGCACGUCGUAUCCUCAUUGCUAUAAAUCCUAUCCAAGUAUUUCAUGCUGUAUUCUUAGGUAUUUUACUUACUCUGUUACGAGUUUACAUCAAGAGGCGAGUUUUAGUGAAACUCAUUUGUGACGUGGGUGUAACACCAGAAACGUCUAACAAGCUUAUUGAAUCUAGCUGGAAAGCCUUUUGGUUCCUGUCUAUGUGGAUUUUUAGCUUGAAAGUUGUAUUGUUAAGUGGUAAGACAGACUUUCAAUAUCCUUUGCGUACUUUACGUGGAGUCAGAUUUGAAGUCGGAUACUUCGACAUUCCAACUCCAUCAGACUACUAUUGGCUUUAUACACUGCAACUGGGCUUUUAUAUUCAUUCAUUCUGGAGUGUAUUUUUUAUGGAUGCAUGGCGUAAAGAUUCAACUGUAUUGGUAAUUCAUCACCUACUAGCAAUUUUACUUUUGGAAGGUUCACUAGUUUUAAGACUUCAUCGUAUGGGUGUUCUAGUGCUUUUUUUGCAUGAUUUAUGCGAUGUAUUCUUAGAAUUGGCUAAAGUGAAUAUCUAUCUACGUAUUCGACAUGGGAAAACUCAUCCUAUUCAUAUGACUAUUGCUAAUAUCUUUUUCGUGCUGUUUGCUGCUUCAUGGGUUGUUUUACGACUCUACUGGUAUCCAUUGAAAGUACUGUAUGCUACAUCUUGGGGAGCUUAUAUUGCUUUAGUUGGUCGAGAGAGUCGAGGUUUCCUAUUCUUCAAUUCCUUGUUAUGGGGAUUAUUCUUAAUGCACAUCUAUUGGUUCACGUUCAUUCUACGAAUGGCUGUUCGCCUACUGACAAGCCCCUUGGAAGCAUGUGAAGACGUACGAGAAGAUGAAAAGAAGUCAGACGACAUCAAUCAUCAUAAUCAUACAAAUAUGUCGGAGAGAUCACUGAAUAGUCACGCAAACACCAGCACCAAUACUACCACCACUAAUACGCUUGAUACAACUACUACGGUGGAUACAGUUUCAUCUGUAAGACAGACCAUAGGCAUAGCAAAUAAUAAAUCGCUAAUGAAUGGAAGCGCAUGUAAGUCGAACAAGUGCAAUUAA